AUGGCCUGCCUUCACGUGGCCAAGCUCCAUGUCGCCGCCGGUGAGUUCAGCGACGCCCUCCGUGCUCUCAAUAUGGGCCUCAUCAUGGGCGGCCCGCUCUCGAAGCCCGACUUGCACUCCCUCGUCUCCGUCGUCGCCGCCAAAGCCAGGGCAACUAGGGUUCGUCAGCAACAGCAGAAAUGUCCCAAUUCGGACCGCCGAUUGGGCCGGCAAGACGUCGUCUCGGAGGAGGUGAGAAAUGGUUGUGAAGAGUUGAGGUCUAUCUUUGGAGGGAUUUUUGAGCGAAUACUUGUUUCCGGGUUGUCCGGUGGUAAUAACCGAUGGCAUGGAUCAUUGGCCGGCCAGGAUUAUCUAACGAAGGUUGCCGGUGAUCGCACCGUGCCAGUUGAGGUCGGGAAAAAUUAUUUGUACCCGGAGUGGAAGCAAGGGCUUAUUACGUUUUCCCAGUUUCUUGAGAGGAUUCAGGCUAAUGGCUCUGCUUCUGCUGCCCCAACAUACCUUGCUCAGCAUCCAUUGUUUGAUCAGAUACACGAGUUACGUGAGGACAUAUGUAUUCCUGACUAUUGUUUUGCCGGUGGUGGCGAACUAAGGUCUGCUGGAACAGUAACUCCAUUACACCACGAUCCACACCAUAAUGUUCUUGCUCAGGUAGUUGGCAAAAAGUAUGUAAGGCUCUACCUUGCAUCAUUGUCCGAGGAACUCUAUCCAUACACUGAGAUCAUGCUAUGCAACUCAAGCCAGGUUGAUCUAGACAAGUUCCCAAAGAUGCAUGACUUGGAAUUUCAUGACUGCAUUUUAGAGGAAGGUGAUAUGAUUUAUAUCCCACCAAAGUGGUGGCACCACAUGCGAUCUCUAACGCCAAGUCUCUCUGUUAGCUUUUGGUGGAGUGAGUAUGAAAGUUCAUAGCUUUUACAGUGGAGUGGUAUUAAGUUCGAAGCUUUUGGUGGACGAAGGAUGAAAGCCCAGCUGUGUCUUGCUUAUUGUUUUUAUUAUUGGUAUAGACAGGGCAGUUUUCAGCUGCAACAAGACUACAUUAUCAUGUAUAAGCAAUUCUGCUGAGUUUUACAGCAUAUCAUCAGACUCACAGAGGUCUCAAUUGUGAAGUAACUGUUACAACAUUUUUUAGGAUAACAUUUCAACCUCUCUCUCUCUCUCUCUCUCGUUUCAUUAAUUGAGUCAGAUUCGUUCAAUUU